AUGUCACUACAUGCUCCGCUGCUGCGGACCUUGGAAGCUCCCGGAGAGGCCUCCCCCACGAAGGAUGCCGUGGUCCAACAUUGGGCCGGCAAAUUGGAGGGCUGCACGCCAAUUCUUCAGCAGCUUCCCACUGAUCAACUUGGACCUUCUGAGCAACACCGCGAGGCAACGACCGUAUCGCUCACCUCUUCCACAAAAGGUCUGAUCUCGCCCGUCCUAAGCGAGGCAAUGGCGCACCUUGUGGGCGGCCUUGCAGCGUUGCUGGGGCGGUACAGCAUGGCCUCCGAGACAGUAGUCGGCCUUUGGCGCAGCGAUCUGGGCGAGACUGGCUGUCAGCCGUUGCGAGUCAGUCUGUUGAGGCAGCCACAGGACACAACGCCAGUGUGGCCAGCCGGCCCGGUUACCGAGGAGGAGAACUCCGUGAUUACGCCUUUAUCUUCUUUUGCUUCAGCACGCUGCCUCUUCGAGCGCAUCGGCACGGAGGCUGCGCUGUUCAAGGAUCCCAACUUGCUCUUGCAAGCGGAUGGCCUGCUAAAGCUGGACAGACUGACAAACUCCGAGGCACCAAACGGCAGUCUUCGACUGUGCCGGUCAAUGGAUGCUUUCGUUGUCCUCGGCACAGAAGCGAUGCCUGCAACAUCCGGUUCAAAGGCUGCGCUGAUGCUGGUGUGCACUCGGUGGCCACCGGCUCCGAAUUCAAACUCGAAGCUGGAGCUUCGUUGCCCACGUGGUCUGUUCUCUCCGGAUACCGUCGGCAGGAUGAUUCGACACCUUACGGCACUCCUGGAUGCCAUGGUGAGGUCGCCAACAAUUGCCAUUUGCCAGCUGCCACUGCAUGAGCCCACAUCGCCGGACGAAGCAGAAGUGUCGAGCUGGGCCGAUGCAUAUAGCUCUUCGUGCUACUGCCCACAAUCUGCGAGUCCUUUUUCUGCCGACCGCUCCAUGACAUCCAUGCUUGCGGCUACUGCAGCAGCGUCGCCUGAUGCCCUCGCAAUGGUCGACGACGGCACCGGGGCCACCUACACCUAUGAGGAAGUCUUGAAGAUGUCCAGUUCCAUCGCCCAUGGCCUUGCACGCACUGGGGUUCCCGUGGAUAGUCUGGUCCCCUUAAUGGCUUCAAGAAGUGUCGAGAUGAUCUUGGGAAUUCUCGGCAUCAUUCGGACUGGAAGUGGCUAUGUUCCUUUGGAUCUGCACUGGCCGGACGAUCGUCUUCAAGACGUAUUGCGCCAAUGCAGAUCGAAGGUGGUUCUCGCAUCUUCUGAUUGCCACAAGAAGCUUUCGCAAAUAGCCCUCGAGGUGGAGGUUUCGCAUGUUCUGGACAUUUCGAUGAAUGCAGCCAGUGGCGGUUACUUGGAAGACCGUGGCUCCGGCAGCUCACUCGUCUACGCGUUCUUCACCUCCGGCACCACUGGGAAGCCCAAAGGCGUGAUGGUCGAAAACAAAGGACUCGUUCAUCGGAUUCAUUGGUUUCAGCAGAAGUGGCCCCUCCGGCAAGGAGAAGGUGUUGUCUCCAAGGUGGCGUAUACCUUCGGCUUGUCUGAGUGGGAAAUCUUCUGGCCCCUUGUGGCUGGAGCUACACUCGUCAUCGCUCCACCAGGUGGCGAGAAAGACGCGGACUAUCUUCUUCGCCGUGCAUGCAACGCGUUCACUCCCCCGCCCCCAAAGGAAGAUGCUCGGCUGCUUGCUGGAAGGGGACCGUCUCCCGAUCUGAUCCACUGCGUGGCUGCACAUGUGUUCGUGCCUUCUAUGCUUCAGAUGGUCCUCGAGAAGUACGAUGAGCUGGAGGAAGAGGACUUGCAGCGCAAAGCUGAAGAGCAUCAUUCGGAAGGCACGUGGUGGCAUCACUCCAAAGCCCGGGAAGUGAUCACGUGUGGAGAAGCAUUGAGCCCGGCCCUGGCACAGAAAAUGUUCUCCCGUUUCCACUGCACGCUGACCAACUUGUACGGCCCCACA